AAGGCCUUCUCACACGGUUAGGAUCCCCGGGGAUCGCGGGCACUCCAUGGCUUCUUGAAUGUGAGAUCUUUCCAGAGCGGAAGCCACCGACGGCUUCUGGCACUGCCUAGAGACAGAGCGGCUCUCUCCGGUGUCAGCUUUCUGAAGAUUACCUGAACCCGGAGCCAGUAACCAUUAAAGAUGUGGCCCUAAACUUCACCAUGGAAGAGUGGGCUCUGUUGGACGCUUCCCAAAGGAAACUCUAUGGAAAUGUGACUUCAGAAAUGUACAGGAACUUGGCCUCUAUAGAAAUAAAAGAAGAAGAAAAUACUGAAGGUGGCUACAGAAAUCGCAAGAGAAUUGUAAGAACUGCCAAGGUAGAGAAACUUUGUGAAGAGACAGGAGAUAUUCCUUGUGGAGAAUCCUUCCAGCAGGUCCCUGAUUGUUCUGUGAACAGGAGCCUUCUUCCUGGAAUAACAUCAUCUAAUAAGCAUGCCUUUGAAGAAAGCAUGCAAAGACGUUCACCCACAAAUGAUCCCUGCCAAGUUCACACUGGACACAAAGCCUCUGAGAACCCAAAAGAUGGAGAUUUGUGUCCUAAGUCUAAGGGAUGUCGCAAUCCCUCCAGGAAGUUGCAGGGCCGUGAAAUCACGGAAAGAAAUCGCAUCAUCAAGAAGCCCUAUCGAUGUGAGCAAUGUAGUAAAGCUUAUGCCUCCUCUAGUGGCCUUCUGUAUCAUCAAACAUUUCACACCGGUGUGAAAUCCUACAGGUGUGAGCAAUGUGGCAAAGCAUUCCCUUGUUCCAAUGCCCUUCGGAUUCAUGAAAGAACUCACACUGGAGAGAAACCUUAUGUGUGCAAGCAGUGUGGCAGGACCUUCACCACUUACGGAAACCUGCAAGGCCAUACGAGAACUCACACUGGAGAGAAACCUUAUGUGUGCAAGCAGUGUGAGAGAGCCUUUGCCUUUCUUGUUUCCCUUCGAGGACAUGAAAGAACUCACAGUGGAGAGAAUCCUUUUCGGUGUGAGCAGUGUGGGAAAGCCUUCUGUUCCCUCUCUUACCUUCAGCAGCACAGAAGACUCCACACAGGCGAGAAGCCCUAUGCAUGUAAGCAAUGUGAGAAAGUCUUCACUUUUCCCAAUUCCCUUCGAAAGCAUAAAAAAAUUCACACCAAAGAGCCCCCUUAUACAUGUAAGCAAUGUGGGAAGACGUUUGCUACUUCUGCGAGCCUGCGAAGUCAUAAAGGAACUCACAUCCAAGGGAAGCCUUACGUGUGUGGGCAAUGCGAGAAAGCCUUCGCCUUUGUCAGUGGCCUUCAGCAACACAAGAGGACUCACAGUGGAGAGAGAGUCUCUCGGUGCAAGCGCUGUGAGAAAUCCUUCUCUUCUCCUUACUACCUUCAAGAGCAUGAGAGAAUACACACAAAAGAGAGGCCCUAUGCGUGUAAGCGCUGUGAGAAAGCCUUCACUUUCUCCAGCUCCCUUCGAAGACAUGAAAGAACUCACACUGCAGAGUGACCCUGUGUGUGUGUGCGAUUUGGGUAGUAGUCAGGAAUUCUUGUGUGUUUUGAACCCAUGAAAGAGCCCACACUGUAUGGAUGAAAGGAGAACAUGAGAAAGUGUUUUCUUGGUCCAGUGCCAUUCGAUCCAUGAAAGAAUCUGCGCCGGAGAGAGACCCUGUGGAUGUGAACAAUGUGGGAAAGCAUUCACUUGGUCUGUUGUCCUUCGAAACCAUGAAAGAGUACACACCAGCUAGAAACUGUCUUUGUAUGGUCUUGUGUGAAUGCCUCCAGUCACUAGUUUUCUUCAGAUGCAUGGAUUAGCUCCUAUUAAAGAGAAGUUCCAUGCAUCUAAGCAGUGUGGACAAGCAUUCACGCGACUCAGUGCCCUGUGAAUCCAUGAACUCAUGGAGAGGGCCACUUCGUCAAUCUGAUGUCCUUCCGUGAAAAACUCAUGCUAGAGAGAAGCCCUUCUCAUGUCAACAAUGAGAAAGCCUUUACAUUCUCCUUUUCCAAACACAUGCAAGAAUUCACAAGAAACCAUAUCGAUGUAAGCACUAUGAGAAGGUCUUCUGUUACCCCUCUUCCCUUAAACACCAUAAACGCACCUGCAGAGAGACCCUAAGGAUGUAAGCAAUGAGGGGAAGCAUUAAACAAAGACCUGUUUUUCUGAGCACUUGCUUUCUAUCAAAAAUAUCUUGGCUUCUUGAAAGUAAAGAAAUAAAGGAUCUGUUUUUCCCCUGAGGUCUUAAUAAACUUGCAAACAA